CCGGGAGUCGUUCGGUGCGUCCGCGGGGUGCCAGGCGCGCAGUGGAUCCCCGUUUUCUCGUGGCUCGCGGCCCGCCGCCCCUGCAGCCGCCACCAUGCCGGUGUUUCACACACGCACGAUCGAGAGCAUCUUGGAGCCGGUGGCGCAGCAGAUCUCGCACCUGGUGAUCAUGCACGAGGAGGGCGAGGUGGACGGCAAAGCCAUCCCGGACCUCACGGCGCCCGUGGCCGCGGUGCAGGCGGCCGUCAGCAACCUGGUCCGGGUUGGAAAGGAAACUGUGCAGACAACGGAGGAUCAGAUUUUGAAGAGAGAUAUGCCACCAGCCUUUAUUAAGGUUGAGAACGCUUGUACCAAGCUUGUCCAAGCUGCUCACAUGCUCCAGUCGGACCCUUACUCAGUGCCUGCUCGGGAUUAUCUCAUCGAUGGGUCCAGGGGGAUCCUGUCAGGCACAUCUGACCUGCUGCUCACCUUCGACGAGGCUGAGGUGCGCAAAAUUAUCAGAGUUUGCAAAGGAAUUUUGGAAUAUCUUACAGUGGCAGAGGUGGUGGAGACUAUGGAAGAUUUGGUUACCUACACCAAGAAUCUGGGGCCUGGAAUGACCAAGAUGGCCAAGAUGAUUGAUGAACGGCAGCAGGAGUUGACGCACCAGGAGCACCGUGUGAUGCUGGUGAAUUCCAUGAACACUGUCAAGGAGCUACUCCCUGUGCUCAUAUCAGCCAUGAAGAUUUACGUAACAACAAAAAACUCAAAGAACCAAGGGAUCGAAGAAGCCUUGAAAAACCGCAAUUUCACUGUGGAAAAGAUGAGUGCGGAAAUAAAUGAGAUCAUUCGUGUGCUACAACUUACUUCCUGGGAUGAAGAUGCUUGGGCUAGCAAGGACACGGAAGCCAUGAAGAGAGCUCUGGCCUCCAUUGACUCUAAACUGAACCAGGCCAAAGGCUGGCUACGAGACCCCGGUGCAUCCCCAGGAGAUGCCGGUGAGCAGGCCAUCCGGCAGAUCUUGGAUGAAGCGGGAAAAGUCGGUGAACUCUGUGCCGGCAAAGAACGCAGGGAGAUCCUUGGAACUUGCAAAAUGCUGGGGCAGAUGACGGAUCAGGUGGCUGAGCUCCGAGCCAGGGGCCAAGGAGCCUCCCCGGUGGCCAUGCAGAAAGCCCAGCAGGUGUCCCAGGGGCUGGAUGUGCUCACUGCGAAGGUGGAGAAUGCAGCCCGCAAGCUGGAGGCCAUGACAAACUCCAAGCAGACCAUAGCAAAGAAGAUUGAUUCCGCUCAGAACUGGCUUGCAGACCCCAACGGGGGGCCUGAAGGAGAAGAACAGAUUCGAGGGGCUCUGACUGAAGCUCGGAAAAUAGCGGAGUUAUGUGAUGACCCUAAGGAGAGAGACGACAUUCUUCGUUCUCUUGGGGAAAUAUCUGCCCUGACUUCUAAAUUAACAGAUCUACGCCGACAGGGGAAAGGAGAUUCCCCAGAGGCCCGGGCUUUGGCCAAACAAGUGGCCACUGCCUUGCAGAACCUACAGAGCAAAACCAAUAGGGCCGUGGCCAACAGCAGGCCCACUAAAGCCGCAGUUCACCUUGAGGGCAAGAUCGAGCAAGCUCAUCGGUGGAUUGAUAACCCCACAGUGGACGAUCGGGGAGUAGGUCAAGCUGCUAUUCGAGGGCUUGUGGCUGAAGGGCACCGGCUGGCUAAUGUCAUGAUGGGACCUUAUCGCCAAGACCUUCUAGCAAAAUGUGACCGAGUGGACCAGCUGACAGCGCAGCUGGCUGAUCUGGCUGCCAGAGGGGAAGGGGAGAGUCCCCAGGCGAGAGCACUUGCUUCCCAGCUUCAAGAUUCAUUGAAGGACCUGAAAUCACGGAUGCAAGAGGCCAUGACUCAGGAGGUGUCUGAUGUUUUCAGUGAUACCACGACUCCCAUCAAGCUGCUGGCGGUGGCAGCCACUGCUCCUCCUGAUGUGCCCAACAGGGAAGAGGUAUUUGAUGAAAGAGCAGCCAACUUUGAGAAUCACUCUGGACGACUCGGGGCCACUGCAGAGAAGGCAGCUGCUGUGGGGACAGCAAAUAAGUCUAUCGUGGAAGGGAUCCAGUCGUCUGUGAAGACGGCCCGAGAACUUACUCCUCAGGUCGUCUCCGCGGCCCGAAUCCUGCUCAGGAACCCUGGCAAUCAAGCUGCUUAUGAACAUUUUGAGACCAUGAAAAACCAGUGGAUCGAUAACGUGGAGAAGAUGACAGGACUGGUGGACGAAGCUAUCGACACCAAGUCACUGUUGGAUGCUUCUGAAGAAGCGAUUAAAAAGGACCUGGACAAGUGUAAGGUCGCCAUGGCCAACAUGCAGCCACAGAUGCUGGUUGCUGGCGCCACCAGCAUUGCUCGUAGGGCCAACCGGAUUCUGCUGGUGGCCAAGAGGGAAGUGGAGAACUCUGAGGACCCCAAGUUCCGGGAGGCUGUGAAAGCUGCCUCGGAUGAACUGAGCAAAACCAUCUCGCCAAUGGUGAUGGAUGCCAAAGCUGUGGCAGGCAACAUCUCUGACCCAGGACUGCAAAAGAGCUUCUUAGAUUCGGGAUACCGAAUCCUGGGGGCUGUGGCCAGGGUGCGAGAAGCCUUCCAGCCCCAGGAGCCCGAGUUCCCACCACCGCCGCCUGAUCUGGAGCAGCUGCGGCUGACAGAUGAGCUUGCGCCUCCCAAACCACCGCUACCUGAGGGAGAGGUCCCCCCACCCAGGCCCCCGCCGCCUGAGGACAAGGAUGAGGAAUUCCCCGAGCAGAAAGCUGGGGAGGUGAUUAAUCAGCCCAUGAUGAUGGCUGCACGGCAGCUCCACGAUGAAGCUCGAAAAUGGUCCAGCAAGCCGGGUAACCCAGCCACCUCAGUGGGUCUAGGUGUGGUGGCAGAGGCAGAUGUGGGGUUCCCUGUCCCCCCUGACAUGGAAGACGACCUCGAAGCUGAGCUGCUGGCCGUGCCCUGCAACCAGCCGGUCAACCUGCCCAUUCUGGCCGCGGCUCAGGCCUUGCACCGGGAAGCCACCAAGUGGUCUAGUAAGGGCAAUGACAUCAUCGCUGCGGCCAAGCGAAUGGCUCUGCUGAUGGCUGAGAUGUCUCGGCUGGUACGAGGGGGCAGCGGUACCAAGCGGGCACUGAUCCAAUGUGCCAAGGACAUCGCCAAGGCCUCAGACGAAGUGACUCGGCUGGCCAAAGAAGUUGCCAAGCAGUGCACAGACAAGCGGAUCAGAACCAACCUCCUACAGGUGUGCGAGCGCAUCCCCACCAUCAGCACCCAGCUCAAAAUCCUGUCCACAGUGAAGGCCACCAUGCUGGGCCGGACCAACAUCAGCGACGAGGAGUCAGAGCAGGCCACAGAGAUGCUGGUUCACAAUGCCCAGAACCUCAUGCAGUCAGUAAAGGAAACGGUCCGAGAAGCCGAGGCUGCGUCCAUCAAGAUCCGCACAGAUGCCGGCUUCACGCUGCGUUGGGUCCGGAAGACCCCUUGGUACCAGUAGGCCCCUGCUCAAAAUUCCACAUAACAGAGGGGAAGCGCCCGAGUUCCAGAGCCAUUCCAAAUGGCCCAGGGCUCCAGAACCACCUCCUGGCUUGAUCCAACGAAGGAACGGGGCCUCCUUACACUUGCUCCUCCCUAAGUGCGCCUCUGUCUAAGGCCCGUUUCCUCAGUUCUGCUCUCCAUCCUUCCAACAGAGAAUGGGCUUAUAGCCCACGGACCCCAGAUAAGCUCUGAACCCAGUAAACACUAGGCAGCCCCUCCCUUGUUCCUUCACCCCCAUCCCGCUCCAGCGUGUCCACUCAGAAGGAAAUUACUGGCCUCCACAUUCGCUUUGGGUUUUCUGUGGCUGGCCCAGCUGCCUGCCUGCCCUGGCCAGUCUCCUUGUCAGCAGGACUGUGCUCCCUUUGGAGCCCCAGCAGCAGGGGUUGGGACUCACAGUUCAGUCCACCCACGGUACUAAACUCAACUACUCUGGGGACCAUGGGGUUCUCUUGUCUGGGCCCCUAAGCAGCGCCUGUGCUAGAUACUGCCCAACCCCACAGUGCCCCCACAACUCCCCUAAGAACACACCGUGGAUCCAGGGUGCUUUGUUCCUGGCCAAGUAUUCUCACUGUGUCUUCUUUUUGAGCUAAAAUGCUGCACUUGAUUCUUAACCAAACCAGGGCUCCAAGCCUCAUUUGAGCAAAACCCCACCUUCUUCAAUUUCUGAAUUGCAGUCAAGAGACAUGCAUUUGUCCAGAGAGAAACAUGUGUUUGCCUUCCUCAUCCUUGGAAAGUUGCAGCCCCCAAUAUUGGUGCUUGUCUUCCCCUGAGGACUGCAGGAAGGGCCCUGGCAGUCCUGGGGUGGGACUCAUCCUGUGCAAGGGGAUGGUGUCCAGACUGGGUCUCUAGAUGGGUGAUUCCCCAUUCCUGCCUCUUCCAACCACCCCUGCAGCC